AUGCCUGCCACCACGGCGGAGACGCUGUCCCUCGUGACGCGCACCGUCUCUAUUGCGCCUCUCGUCCUCCUCUCCGUUGCAGACCACUACGGGCGAACUGCAAAGGGGACGCGAAAACGAGUUGUUGGUGUUCUUCUCGGUCAAAAUGAUGGCAAAAAUGUCCGGGUGUCGAACAGUUUCGCAGUGCCCUUCGAAGAAGACGAGAAAGACCCGUCCGUUUGGUUUUUGGAUCACAACUUUGUCGAAUCCAUGAAUGAUAUGUUCAAGAAGAUCAACGCUCGGGAGAAACUAAUAGGAUGGUACCACUCGGGGCCGAAGCUGCGGGCCUCAGACCUCGAAAUCAAUGAGCUCUUCAAGCGCUACACCCCCAACCCAUUACUGGUAAUUAUCGACGUGCAACCAAAGGAGGUUGGCGUCCCGACCGACGCAUACUUUGCGGUGGAAGAGAUCAAAGAUGAUGGCACAACAACGACCAAGACCUUCGUUCAUACACCGUCAAUAAUCGAGGCGGAAGAGGCAGAGGAAAUCGGUGUGGAACACCUGCUGCGCGACAUCAGGGAUGUGGCUGUAGGAACGUUGUCCACCCGCAUAACCUCCCAACUUCAGUCAUUACAAGGUCUCCAUCUCCGAUUGCGAGACAUCGGCCAGUACCUCCAGAAGGUCAUCGACCACGAGCUACCCAUCAACCAUGCCAUUCUGGGGAACCUUCAGGAUGUCUUCAACCUCCUUCCGAAUUUGUCAACUCCGUCAGCGAACGGUGGGGAGUCAUCCAUCGAGAACAGCGAGCUAGUCCGGGCGAUGAGUGUCAAGACGAAUGACCAACUCAUGGCCAUCUAUCUCAGCAGUCUGAUCCGUGCGAUCACGGCAUUCCAUGACUUGAUUGAGAACAAAAUUCAGAACCGCCAGCAGCAGGAAGAGAAGGAAGGGAAGAAAGAGGAAGAAGCUGCCAAGAGUGAUAAAGAGGGCAAGAAACAGAAUGGCACCGCCAAUGGCGAGCAGAAGGAAGAGAAAGAUAGCAACAAAGAGAAGAGCAAGAAAAAGGGAUCAUGA